AUGUCACGAAUAAGAAGACUUUCUAUUCGUGGUAUUCGUAAUUUUGGCGAUGACAACGAUGAAGCUUUGAUUCGAUUUUCUCGGCCUUUGACUCUUAUUCUUGGUCCAAAUGGCACUGGAAAAACAACAAUUAUUGAAGCUCUCAAAUUUGCUACAUGUGGUGAAUUUCCACCCGGUUCUGAUCGAGGAAAAUUUUUUAUUCAUGAUCCAACUUUAUCGAAGACUUCAUCGGUUCGAGGUGUUGUAAGGGCUGAAAUAAUUGAUGCAACAGGUAACCUCUACACAAUAUGUAGAGUAAUUGAAUCUACAAAAACAAAUGUUUCAAUGAAAUUUAAAACUCUUGACAGUGCUUUAAGCAGAGUAAAUAAAGAUACAAAAGAGGUGGUAUCAAUAACUAACAGGUGCGCCAAUGUUGAUACGGAACUUACAUUGGCAUUAGGUGUUUCAAAACCCAUUUUGGACUAUGUCAUUUUUUGUCAUCAAGAAGACCUUAGUUGGCCUUUUCAAGAUGGUAAAAAAUUAAAAGAAAAAUUUGAUGAAAUUUUUGAUAGUGCUAAGUUUAACAAAGCACUUGAAAGCAUUAUGAAGUAUAGUAAAGAGUUACAACAAAGAGUAAAUAUAUUGAAAGAGCAGAAGCAAAACUGUCAACUUAUUGUUACUGAAGUAGAAGACAAAGAAACAAAGCUUGAUGAUCACAAAAAACGAUUGGAAAAUUCUAAGGCCAAGAUUCAGAAACUUGAUAAAGAAUUAGAACCUGUGAAUUUGAAAAUUAAAGAACUGGAAAAAUUAGAUACUGAUUAUAAGGACUUAAUAUGUGAAGAAAAGAAGAAAAAAGCAGAGUAUGAUAUGUCCAACCAACAACUGAACAGAUUAAAAGAAGAUAUGCCAUAUGUAUUUAAAGGAACAACAGAAGAAUUAUUAAGACAGAUAGAAUCAUAUAAUGAAGGAUUAAUAGGAAAAUGUAGUGACAUAGAAGAGUGUGAAGAGAGAUUAAAAGCUAUUGGUGGAGAAGAGUCUACAAUAUCAAAUAUCUUAGCUAAUGAAAGAGUAACCAAUGGUUCUUUAAGGCAACAAAUUAAAGAUCAACAGAAAAAAGUUGCUUUUCGUAAUAAAAUAUUAAAUGAGACAUUAUCUGCUUGGAAUCUUGAUACUGCAGAUUCAAAUAUUUCAGAAAUAGAAGUAAUAGCCCUUUCUAAAAGGCUAGAAGAAAAGAUGAGAGAAUUAGAACAUAAAGUAGAAGAGAAUAGGAUAAAAAGGGAGCAAGAAGAAAAAGAAUUGCAAAAAACAGUUGAUACUUCACGCAGUGAAUAUUCAAAAGUAGAAUCAGAAAAGAAUCUUAAAGAAAAUGAAAUAACUGAAGCAAGGGAAGAAAUUAAUAAAAUAAAAUUGGAGAUUAUGCAGCUUGGAACAACAACAAAUAAAUUACAUUCUAUUGAAUCAAAAAUAGAGGAAGUAAAGAUUACAAUUCAACAGUUGAAUGAAACAAUGGAUGCAGAUGCUGUCAAGAAAGAAAUUAUUGACAAUAUUAAGUUACGAAAUGAAAUGGAAAUGAAUCUAAAUAUAGUUGAUGAAGAAAUAGCUUCAUUAUUGAAACAAAACUCAUUACAAUCUGAAUUAGAACUAAAUAAGUCUACAUUACUUUCAAAAGAAGAAGAAAUACAAAAAUUGAAAAGUAAAUAUGAAGAAGCAAUAAUGAAUUUGUUAGACAUUAAAGAAUUAUCUCAAACCAAACUAAAAAGUAAUUUAGACGUGAUUCAGGAAGAAUUGGUAAAUGAAAUAGAGUCUAUUAAUAGAAAAAUUCAGAUAGAAGAACAUCAGUUAACUACAUUAGAAACAACAAUAUCACACAAUGAACGUGAACUCCAGAAAAAAAGAAAAGAAAUAGAUUUGGAUAAAGAAAAAAUUUCAUCCAUAUGUGAUUAUAAAAAUUUUGACGAAGCUUUAUUGUUACAAUCAAAAAUGGUAAAGGACCUCCAAGAUAAAAGGGGAAUGUACGCUCAUAAAGGUGCGGCUUAUAAAGAAUAUAUGAAGGAAUUAAAAGAAACGAAUCCUUGUUGUCCUUUGUGUCAUAGAAGUUUUGAUGAACGCGAAACCGUUGUAAAAUUAUUAAAAGAAAUGGAAAAUGAAAUGAAAAAUCAUCCAAACUGUUUAAAAGAAUGUGAAAAAGAAUUAAAGAUACAACGAGAAAAGUAUGAUAAGAUGUUGCAAUUAAAACCAAUAGUUGAAAAAAUAAUGCAUUUUGAACAAAUUGAAUUGGAAAAAUUAAAGAAUCAUUUACAAAAGUCUGAAAAUAGAUUGCGUAAAUCUCGAUCAAUAGAAAUGGAGUUAAAACAAAAGAAGUUGGAUCCUGAAAAUAAAUUAACGAUGUGCAAAGAUAUAAUAGGCGUUAUUAUACUGUGGGAUAGAUACAUCGACGAAAUUAUUGAACUUAAACAAAUAGUUGAUAAUUUUCAAACUCGCAUGAUUGCUGCAGGUAUUAAAACAGGACGUAGUCUUGGAGAAGCUCAAACUCAAAGAGACAAUCUAAAAAUGUCUUUAAAAAAUAUUCGUGAUGACCUUGAAAAGUUACAAUCUAGAUUAAACACACAUAAUGAAAAAAUACAUAAUGCUCGGCAAGAACAGAAUGCGUUACAUGAGGAGCAGUUAAAAAUACGAACAGGCAUGCAAAAAUUAAAAGAAUUAAAGGAUAGGCAGGAAGCUUUGUACUCAAAAGAAAUUUCUCUUGGAAAAUUGGUUAAUACAUUAAGACAAAAAGUGACUGCAGCAGAAAGUGAAUUAAAUUCAAAAAUUGAUAAAUUGGAAAGAAAGAAGAAAGAUAAUAGGGAAAAAUUGGAAAUGGAUAUAAAAUUGUUAGCAGAAGGAACUAGACGCUUAUCUGAAUUGCAAAAAGUACAAGAUGAAGUUGACGCCUUUGUGUACUCUAAAAUUCCCGAGUUUUUAGAAUGUUCUGAAAUGAAAAUAAAAAACUAUGAAAAAUCACUUAAUGAACUGCUUCACCAAAAAAAUGACAUAGAAACAACAAUUAAUAAAUUAAAAGAAGAAAUUAGUCGUCAAGAAGUUCGAAAAAGGGAAUUAUCGGACAAUCUUACAUUGCGAAAAGUCCAAGAAACAACUAACAGUUUACAGCAACAAUGUUUAAAUUUAAAAGAAAGAUUGAACGUUAUAAAUUAUUCACAAGUAAUUCAAGAAAGGCAAAAUUUAUUAAAUCAAGAACAAACUUUACUUCGUCAGAAAAACAUAGUUAAAGGUAACCAAGAAGAAUUAGAAAAAGCAGUGCAGCAGUAUACGCAUGAAUUAAAAAGGGAACAGUACAGACAAGCUCGUAAAAGUUACAAAAACAAAUGCAUUGAAUUAACGGUUGUUGAAGAAGCCAUAUUAAAUUUAAAAGCAUAUAGCAGAGUGUUAGAUACUGCUAUGAUAGAAUAUCAUGAAGAACGUAUGGCGACUGUUAAUAGAAUUAUGAAACAAAUGUGGAGACUUGUAUAUACUGGAACAGAUACGUCGUCUAUAGAAAUUCGUACAGAUGCUACCCAAGGUAUAGGCAGUGCAAGAAGAACAUAUAAUUACAAAUUAGUUCAAACAAAACAUGGUCAUGAAAUGGAUAUGAAAGGUCGCUGUAGUGCUGGUCAAAAAGUUUUAGCAUCGAUAAUUAUAAGACUGGCUUUAGCAGAAACAUUCUGUAAGGACUGCGGAAUUCUUGCAUUGGAUGAACCAACAACAAACUUAGAUCAAGAAAAUGCAGACAGCCUAGCAAAUGCUUUGGCUAAGGUUGUUAAAUUGCGAUCACAACAUCAGAAAAAUUUUCAACUAAUUGUAAUUAGUCAUGAUGAAAAAUUUGUAUUUAAGUUAGCUGAAUUAAGCAGUAAUAAAGGAUUUUAUCAACUUUAUCGUAAAAAUACCGGUUACACGGCAAUUAGACAUUGUCUAGUAGAAAAUCAAGAUCAUUUUGCAUCAGGUGAUAUAAAAGAAGAAGCAUCAUCUGAUGAAGAGAUUAAUGAAUAUUCCAAGUCGCGAAAUAAAGUACAAUCAGAAAUAGGUGCACAAGGAAAAACAUAUAAUGACCAAACGCGUCAGAAAAAAAGGCAAGUUUCGGAUACAGAUAAUGAGGAUCAUACUGAAAAUAGAGCAUCAAAAAAAAGAUACGUUUUUCAAUAA